AUGCACCCCGCCCCCAUUCUCCUGCUUUCCAUCACCCCGCCCGAUUCUCCCGCUUUCCAUCACCCCGCCCCAUUCUCUCGCUUUCCAUCACCCCUCCCCAUUCUCCCGCUUUCCAUCAACCCGCCCCAUUCUCCCGCUUUCCAUCACCCCGCCCCAUUCUCCCGCUUUCCAUCACCCUGCCCCAUUCUCCCUCUUUCCAUAACCCCGCCCCAUUCUCCCGUUGUCCAUCAACCCGCCCCAUUCUCCCUCUUUCCAUCACCCCGCCCCAUUCCCCCUCUUUCCAUCACCCCGCCCCAUUCUCCCUCUUUCCAUCACCCCGCCCCAUUCUCCCUCUCUCCAUCACCCCGCCCCAUUCUCCCUCUUUCCAUCCCCCCGCCCCAUUCUCCCUCUUUCCAUCACCCCGCCCCAUUCUCCCUCUUUCCAUAA